AGAACUGAAUCAAAUCAUCAGUCAACCGCUACCAGCUCAGUGCACAAGUUAUUCAAGCUCUUCAGGAGUUUUACACAAACCAAUCAAAUCAAAAUGUUCAAAUUCCUAAUUGUCGUUCUGGCCGUCAUUGCCGCCGCCUUGGCCGCUCCCCAGGUCUUCUACAACACGCCGGUGUCCUACGCGUACUCCUCCGGUGUCGUCCGGCCGUCGUUCUACUCCGGAAGCUAUGUCCCGACCGCUUACUCCACCGGAUCGUAUGUGGCCUCCCCCGCUGCUGCCUACUCGUACGGUGCCUAUCCGUAUGCUUACCUGUAAACUGGCUGGAAAUUGGACCUGGAUUUUUGGAAAUUGACUUUUGAGGGAUAAGUGGAACUGGAUUCUGGAAUGAUAUCAGCUUUUUCAAAAUUGUUUUGCAGUAAAUAUACAUUCAAACACAAGUUUUGCAUGA